UUUUCUCUUUUUCAGGGACAAAAAGGAGAGCAUGGCUCACCAGGGCAAAAUGGGAGUGGCGUGAUUAAGUUUAUUGAUACCCCAGAAAACUGUACCCAGAGCAGCGCUGGCACUGUUAGAUACAACACUACUCAGAAGACUUUGCAACUCUGCGAUGGAAGUGUUUGGCUGUCAUUGUUGACUGCUGGGAUGGGGUACACGGCAGAUAAGCCAGGCCGCCAUUGUUUGGAUAUUUUGCAUUCAGGUGAGUCUUGAGACGUGCAGAAAAAAUAGGUAAGAAAGACAGGUGAUCAAAAAACCAGGCCUUUUAGAAAGUCUCCACUUCAAAAAAAAAACGUUCUCUUGAGAAUACCAAUUACAUCAUUAAUUAAGACUUUUUUUCAAUUAACAAGAUGUUUAUUUCCGAUCAGGUCAGAGCCGUGGAAACGGGCUUUACUGGAUCGAUCCAAACGGUGGCUCGAUAGAUGACUCGUUCCAAGCUUUCUGUGACAUGGAAACUGAUCAUGGCGGUUGGACCCUGGUUGCCACAAAGGUCUCUCCGAACUUUCUCUUCAUCAAAUCUGUAUUCUCAGCAGUGGCCGCGAAAACUACGAACGCAGAUGCCGCGAGUCAUAUCCACCCAAGCAUGUUGGACUGGAAAGAGGUAAUGUUCCGCUUUGCUGACGUCAACAGUCCCCGGGUUAUUUACAACAGGAAGGUGGGCGCAACGAACAAAGACAAAGAAGAAUUCGACAAGUUCUUAAUGGGCACGAUCAUGCAGGUGGGAAAGAACGUGUACGGAUUUCACAAGUACAGCCCAAGAGAUCUCAAAAGAAGUCCUACUGAAAGAUUUGCCACAAUUUCUCCUCUGUAUUUCUAUUCGGAGAGGGGGAUCUCGGAAGCUCACACUGGCACAGACAAGUGGUUUGACAUUUGGAAUACAGCUGACAUCUCAAACAACUACAUCUACUUAGAUGACAGCAAGGCACAGGGUACCAAGUGUAUCGCGGGCUACUGUUAUGUGAGGAAGCCAAUCUGGGUUAUGGUCCGCUAG